AUGGCUCCAUUCACCCUCUACACUCACGCCGGCCCCGGCCCCAAUCCCGUCAAGGUGGCCAUGGCUCUCGAGCACCUCGGUCUAGACUACGACUGUGUUCCUCUUGAAUUCGGCGAGGGCAAAGGCACCGUCAAGGAUCCGGAGUACACCUCCAGGGUCAACCCUAACGGCCGAGUCCCUGCCCUGAUCGACCACUCGAAUAACAACUUCACCGUCUUUGAGAGCGCCGCUAUCCUAACAUACCUGGCUGAGAAGUACGACGCCAACGGCAACCUCGCCGGCAAGACCGUCGAAGAGCGCGCAACCAUCAACCAGUGGCUCGCCUGGCAGGUAUCCGGUCUAGGACCUUACCAGGGCCAAUUAGUCUGGUUCCUCGUCUUCCACGAGGGCGCCCACGGCGAGAAGCCCAACGGCUCCGUGGUCGCGCGCUACCAGGCCGAGGUGGAGCGUUUGCGGGCUGUGCUGGAGAAACAUCUCGCCUCUGCGGAGAAUGGGUUCGUGGCGCUCGGCCGGCUGACAAUUGCGGACUUUGCUAUCUUGCCCUGGUUGAAGAGUUCCGUGCUGGCUGGGGCUGCGCUCAGGCCUUUAACGCAGUACUCGGCUAUUGAGGCUUAUAUUAAGAAGCUGGAUGCACUGCCUGUAGUGCAAGCUGCUUAUAAGAAGGCCGUGCCUCCUAUGAUGUAG